UCCAUACACAUAACACAACAUGACACAACAUCAACACAUAACCAUAACCUUAUAAAUUUCAAAAUUUCAGAUAUACAUAUUUCGUGUUAUUUGUUAUUUAGUUUUUAUUAUGGUAUUUAAAUGUUGCGUUAAUGGUUGUAAUAAUUACAAUAAGGAUGCUCAAAUGCAUAUUUUUCCAAAAGAUAGGGCGCUUUAUGAUAUUUGGAUUAAUAAAAUUGACAGAGAAGACUUGAAGGUGAAGCCUAUGGACAGGGUCCGAAAGUCAUACCGCAUUUGCACAAUUCAUUUUGGAUCAAAAGCCCGCUAUGUUGGAUUGAGAAAUAAGUCCACCUUGAAAUGUGAUGCUAUUCCAUCUUUGUUUCCCAAUACUGUUCACAGGAGGGAAGGAUAGAAAUGUGGUUGCGAGCCUGUAAUAGGGAAGAUUUACUGGAUAAAUCUUGUGAAGCACUGUCCAAAAACUUCAAGCUAUGCGAAAAGCAUUUUGCAGAGCCCUGUUUUGUAGGAACGGGAAAAAAGCGAAAACAUAUUAUGUCUGAUGCUGUUCCUACACUAUUUGCUCAUAUAGAUGAUGAUAAAGAACCAAUAAGAAAACAUAUUAUUUUAAGAGGUAAGCAUUCAGGUAAUAUGUAA